UUAACACAUCGGACAUUCGUACAUUCGGUUAAAUUUGUUUUUUCAUUGAUUUGAAUUUGUUUCAUAGAAAUAGACGUUAGAAUUUUCAAUCAUUUGACGAAAUGGAAAAUAAGGAUUGUGAUGCAAAAGUUCUUAUUUCUAGUGGCACAAGUUUGGUUACAGACAAUUCCAAAAGCAUUAUAGACAAUGUAAAAUUUAACAAUGAACCAUUGGAAAAGAUUACUGUAGUGACUGGAAAAAAGAGGAAACGACAAGAUAAUGAGAGCAAACGAUUAACAGAAGAAAAGUACAAUCAAGAAAUUCAAGAGCAACAGUAUAAACGAUUAAUGCAUUUGUUAAAUAAAAGUAAAUUUUACUCUUCUUAUAUUGUUAAUAAAAUUGAUAAAAGUUUCAAGAACGAGGUCAGCAAAUAUAAUAUAAGUAUAAAAAGAAAUGCGAAGGAAACAAAAUAUAUAGAUGAAAAUAUUCCACCACAAGACAAAACAAAGAAUAAUAAUAAUAUAAAAGAAUAUCUAUCUGAAGAUAUACAAAAGAAAAUACAUGUUAAUAAAAACAAAUUGAAUUUGAGUGAUAGAGAAAUUAAAAAUAAUCUGGAAGAUAAUCCUGAAAAUGAAACAAAUACCAGUAUUACUAAAACGUUAAAAUAUUUCAUAGGAGAGUUACGAGAUUAUCAGAAGGAAGGACUCCAGUGGCUAAAGGUUCUUUAUGAGAAUGGUAUAAAUGGAAUUUUGGCUGAUGAAAUGGGACUUGGAAAAACGAUUCAAGUUAUAGCAUUACUGUGUCAUCUCUUUGAGAAACAGCAAGAUGGACCAUAUUUGAUAAUUGCUCCUUUCUCAACUCUACCAAACUGGACGUCAGAAUUUAAAAAGUUUGCACCGAAAUUACCAGUCGUGUUAUUUCAUGGAUCAGAGGAGAGAUUUAAGCUAAAGUACAAAAUUAGAUGCAAAUACGAGAUUACAAAAACUUACAGUACAUUUCCUAUUGUACUUACAUCUUUUGAAAUGGUCUUGUCUGAAAGUUAUUUUCUUAGAUCUUUCACCUGGAGAUAUAUAAUUGUAGAUGAAGGACACAGAAUUAAAAAUCAUAAAUGUCAACUUAUUAAGAUUCUACAGAUUUGUAAGUCUAUGAAUAGACUUUUAUUAACAGGCACACCAUUACAAAAUAAUUUAGCGGAAUUGUGGUCAUUAUUAAAUUUUUUAUUACCAGAAAUUUUUGAUGAUUUAGCUGUUUUUGAAUCCUGGUUUAAUGCAAAAAACCAUCAAGGUGAUGAAGGAACGAAGAAGUUUUUAAAGUUAGAAGAAGAAAAACGUAUAUUGUCAAUAUUACGUGAAAUACUACAACCAUUUCUGUUGAGACGUGAAAAGAGCGACGUUUGUUUGGAUGUUCCGCCAAAAAAGGAAUUAAUUGUUUAUGCUCCUUUGACAGAAUUACAACAUAAUUUAUAUAAGACAAUAUUGAAUCAUGCUAUAGAUCAAUUAAAUAAUAUUGAACAAGAUACAAUUACAUACACAGAGGAUGGCAAAAGACCUAAAAGAAAAUCUACCUUGAAAAAUAUGGAUAAUGUUAUGAAUAAUAAAAGAAACAAUGAGACUUAUAAAAACGAAAAAUUUGAAAAUGAUAAAAAUUUAUUAAUGUGGAAAAAAUAUACUGAUGUUACAAACCUUAAUAGAGAUUUCCUAAUUAAAAUUCGCAAUAAACAUGUUUCUUUGUACAAAAAAAUUGUAAAUCACCCAUAUUUAAUACAUCAUCCAUUAGGCUCAGAUUUAUUGCCAAAAAUAGAUGAAGAAUUAGUUAGAUCAUCUGGCAAACUUUUAGUAUUAGAUGCAAUGCUUGCAAGACUUAAACAGCAAGGGCACAAAGUUUUAUUAUUUUCUACCAUGACAAUGAUAUUAGAUAUUAUAGAAGAUUAUCUUUCUUUACGUGAUUAUAAAUAUGUUAGAUUAGACGGCAAGUCUAAGUUUUUGGAGCGACUAGAAAACAUUGACAAUUUCAAUACAAACUCGCAAAUAUUUCUAUUCCUUAUAUCUAUAAGAUCUGGUGGAGUUGGAUUAAAUCUUGUUGGAGCAGAUACUGUCAUCAUAUAUGACUCUGAUUGGAAUCCUCAAGUGGAUAUACAAGCUAUGGCACGCUGCCAUAGAAUAGGUCAGACACGACCAGUAAUGAUAUAUAAAUUAUGUACCAAAGGAACUAUUGAUGAAGCAAUUUUAAAUGUUGCUGAAGCAAAACGCCUUCUAGAAAAAGUAGUAAUUUCCAAACACGUUCAAUCAGUAAAUACAAAUAAUAAAAUUGAUUUACUGAAAUUACAAAAACUUCUGGAAUCAAAAACAUGUCAAGUUGCAUCUGAAAAUGAAGGUAAAUUAUUAAAGUAUAUAUUUCAUGUAUUUAAUAACUAAUUUACGGUUUUAAUAAAUAAUUUUUUAAAUUUUCAAUACAGUUUUUACAGAGGAAGAACUUAACAAUCUAUUAGAUAGGAGUGACUUGUAUAAAAAACAAGGAGAAUCCUAA